AUGUCGGUACCCUUGGAGCCGUUUCCCAGAAUUCAUUAUCCAGAAGAGGGAUGGGAGAUGCAUCUGCGCCAACCCAAUAAGAAAAAAAUUACUGGUCAGAGGUUCUGGAAGAAGAUUUUCGUCAAACUGCAGCAUCAAAGCGACUGCGUGCUAUUACAAUUAUAUAACCUGAAAGAUGAUAAGGAUCCCUUUCAGGAGCUUCCACUGCAACCUUGUUAUUCAGUUUCGGAUAUUGGGGCACAACAGUACGAUCAGUUCGGCAAAAUAUUCACAGUAAAACUACAGUAUAUUUUUUAUAAAGAACGACCUGGAGUUCGACCGGGACAAGUCAAAAAAGCUGAGAGAAUUACAAACAAACUGAGUCAGUUUGCUGCUUACGCUAUCCAAGGAGACUAUCAAGGCGUUAAGGAAUUCGGAAGUGAUCUAAAGAAACUGGGCUUGCCUGUAGAACACGCACCUCAAGUAUCACAAUUGAUGAAAUUGGGUUCUCUAAAUUACGAGGAUUUGAAACAGUUUUCAGUAUGUAUAGAAGAAGCACUGUUCAAACUUCAGGCACAUAGAGAUAGAGCGUUACAUUACAAAAUGGAGGAGGUGCAAAUAACAGCAGUUGAUGAAUUGUACGUCGAACAAGAGGCAGACGGCCACAUCGUUAAGCAGAUCGCUAGAGUGAGAUUGUUCUUUUUGGGUUUCCUGACAGGAAUGCCUGACGUAGAAUUGGGAGUGAAUGACAUGAGGAGACAGGGUAAAGAAGUAGUUGGUAGGCAUGAUAUCAUUCCAGUGGUCACAGAGGAAUGGAUUAGAUUAGAAGAUGUAGAAUUUCAUUCCUGCAUCCAACAGGAAGAUUAUAACCAAACUCAUAUAAUUAAGACUGGUAAAAUUAAGGGCAUUGAGCGAAUCUUGGGAACGAUGGAAACGCUGCAAGAGAACUUGAUUGAGGUGACGUCAGGCCAAGCUAAGUACGAGCAUCAGCACAGGGCUAUAGUUUGGAGAUGCCCCAGAUUACCAAAAGAAGGACAAGGUGCAUAUACCACCCAUAAUAUGGUCUGCAAGAUAGCAUUAACAAGUUAUGACCAGAUGCCCGAAAAAUUAGCCGAAUACUGCUACGUUGAGUUCACGAUGCCAGCCACACAAGUCAGCCACAUGACAUGCAGAAGUGUCAGUCUCCAAAAUUCCGAUAGUGAUGAACCACCAGAGAAGUACGUGAGGUAUUUGGCUCGACACGAAUACAGAGUGGGCAUCGAACACACAGAGGGCGAUUCGCCCAACGCUUAUGCUUCAGCGACGUACGUUUCGAAAACUACUCCAGCACCGGCUCCACCGGCCCAGCCAGCCCAACCAGCUCCCGUUGCCGAAGAAUCUAGUUCCGAUAGCGAUUAA